GGAAGGGAAAAAAAAAAAUUGUAACAAAGAGCGGAAAAAGGUUCCGACCCUCCCAGCUACUGUGGAAACGGCCGUGGCUAUUGAACAAUGGUGACGCACCCUGCUAUUUUUAAGAAAAAAAUGAGGAACAAUGAAGCUCCACUGACAAGACAGCGUGAAUUCUGGUGCAGGACUGCUAGAUCACGUCUCCGUUUGAAUGAAUACACUGGCAGCAGAAAUGAGCACCAGCCAUGCACCUUGGGUAGCGGUCAAUCAGCCACCUAAAGGAAAUUUUGAAAGACAUUAUUCCACAUCUGACCCUUCCCGGCCGAUAGCUUGUGGCAGCAGUGGCUUAGGGACCACUACACUUCGUGACGUUACGGUGUGCUACCCUCCCGUAACACGGUUGAACCUCUGAAUUUCAUAUUCUGUUCGCCUGGGAGGCCUUGAGGCUGGAUGGCUCCUCUAUGCAAACUGUAAAAUCUCCCCAGUCAGUUCUCGGCUGGGUGAUUUUCUCACCCCACUGUGCUCUGCAGACCAGACCUCCAACAUGAGCGAUGGCGUCGGUGUAAAACGUCGUCUCACUCUGCAGCGGCGGAGCUCUGUCCACAGCAGCUCAGAGAAACAAAUAGGAAACAGGAUUUCCCCCAACAGACAUCUGAUUUUUCAGACAUGAAAUGUUGUAAUGGGAUGUGCAGCCCAGCAAAAAUGGUAAUUUAUACUAAAUGCCUUGAGGGGCCAACUUCAGACUUGACAGACAUGGCAAGUGGGACUUCCAGCUCCCUUCGCACGAAGCUGGUUCCCUUUCUCAGUAUUUACUAGAAAUAACAUUUGCGUUAUGGUUUUGUGUAGGAUGGAUUCUGGUAACUGCCAGGUCAAGAAACCUGACCCUGUUUGUUUGCUACAAGCACUACCAGCUUUACAUGCUCUACAGCCUCUGGGAGCCCAGGAGAGCUUGUGUUUGCCUCCUGCUGCAGCCUCGGGGAGAUGCCCCUUCAGUAACCCAGCUCUUCGGAUAAUAAGUCUCCCUCUUCACAUGAGAGCAUCCUUGAGUGCGAGCGUUGCAGCAUAUUUUAAAAGCUUUAUCUGUCUGGAAAUUUUCCAGACAGUCUGUUGCCUACUGAUGUUCUCCUCCUCCUCUCCCCCUCUCUUAAAUCUUCUCAACAGAUCCAUAUCAUUAAUAUUUCAGUAUCAGCUGUUCGCAGGCAUUGGUUACGCUGCAGCGCACUUCAUCAAUAAGAGCCGGCAAAGGCUGUGAGGUUUGCCACACAGCCUUCAUCCAGCGGAGGAGUAAGAGCAAAGACAGGCUGGCAGAGAAAGCGAGUAUCCACCGAGGGUAAGGCUGCGUAUUGCAGUCCCGGUCUUGAGCUGCUUUUUGCUGCUGUCCCUCACUCAGAUCGUCCAGGUAAUACCCUAGGAAGCAAGAAGAAUGGAUGUCUUUAAGAAAGGUUUCUCUAUUGCUAAAGAAGGUGUGGUGGCUGCUGCAGAAAAGACCAAGCAGGGAGUGACGGAGGCUGCAGAGAAGACUAAAGAAGGAGUGAUGUAUGUAGGUACCAAAACCAAGGAGGGCGUAGUGCAAAGUGUGACCUCAGUUGCUGAGAAGACCAAAGAGCAGGCCAACAUGGUGGGAGAAGCUGUAGUAUCCAGCGUGAACACAGUGGCAAACAAGACUGUAGAAGGAGCAGAGACCAUUGUGGCUACUACAGGAAUUGUAAAAAAGGAGGACCUGGUUGUGCCGCAGCCGCCCGAGCAGCCGGGGGCGGCGGGAGAGGGGGCCCCGGCAGCAGGCACAGGCGGCGGUGGAGAGGGUGAAAAUGAAGGCAAUUAAUCAACUUAGGGACUUCUAGCUCAAAAGAGAGCAUUCCAAGAGCCUCCAUGGAAAUAUUAGCUGACACUACAACAGGAAAAUCCCUUUCUCCGUAGACUAACUACAUUCAGCUCUGUAGCCUUUCACCUCCCUCAUAAACCAAUCGUACAAUAUGUGUAAGCCAGAAUCCCCUGUAAGCAAAGUGCAGCCGUGUACCAGGGUGUGUGUGUGUCUCCCCACUUCCCCCGUGGCUUCCCGACCCACUCACUUGGUCUGUUUUGGUUGGACUCACUGAUCCUUGUCUCGUGUCCAUCCGCACUGGCACUUGGGAUCUCUAGGUAUCAUGGAAAUAUUUUUUUUUUAACUAAUAAAAAAGUGUUUGAACAA